AUGCGUUAUAAUAAACGAGCGAGAUUGUCCAUGAGUCGCCGAAAGAUUCCUUCCCAGAUCUGUUCUCUGCCACAGAAAUUGCUUGACAAGAUAACCUUAUAUUGCGGGCUUGACAUCCGAAGCCUCCAAAAUCUUCGUCUUGCUCACGCCAGAUUCCAUAAGGCAGCAUCGCCUCUGCUGUUUCGGUCAUAUACUUCCAAGAGAAAGACCCUAGAGCAACACACGAAGCUGGAGGGACUCUCCCAAAGCGUCUAUGCACACCACGUACGAUAUUUGUCGGUGGGAAGCACCAUAGCGAAUGAUGAACAGAAGGAACGCCAAUAUGUCGGAGCAUUUAUCAAAACUUUCGGUCGUUGCCUUGAACAGCUCAGCAGUUUGGAAUCUCUCGUUGUCUGGAUACCUUCAGCAAGUUCUUACAAUACAUCCUGUCAAAGGGAUUUCUCCGACACUAUCCUUCUUAAUUUGAGAUACAACUUUCCAAAAAAUCUGGCAGCGCUCAGCUUCAUGGCUGCCAGGGCUAAUGAAAAUUACAUUUCGACCUCACCGCGGUAUGAAGGCGUUCUAGCAACUAUCAUACCGAAGAUACGCUACUUUCGAACCGGAUAUGCAGUUGAGCGGCAGAGGCGACCAAGGAGGGAACCUGAGCCUCGACUCUGCCGGUCGCUCAAGCAUGCGACAAACCUCGUCUAUCUCGAGCUUACUGAUCUUCGGCAUGCUGAAGACGUCUCCUUUUACUCACUGAGCAAAAAUGCCCCUUUACGCUGCUUGAAGCUCAAAUACAUGACCGUUGAUGGUCCAGAUCUGUUGUGGUUGUUACAAAGCCAUCGACAAACGAUGAGAUGCAUCGAACUCCUCUGGGUCAAGUUAUCUACUGGGAUAUGGAACGAGAUAUUCCGCGAAUUGACUGAUCACCAUAUGCUUUCCCGCGUCAGCAUCAAAAAUUGCGGCUACUCAGACUGGGUACCAUUCUAUCCACACGCUUUAUUCCGUCCAUACAAUGCAGAAGAUAAGGAUGCGCUUCAGGAGAGCCUCAUUUGUGUCAAGGCGACCGGUGAGGAUUUUGCGUUUCCCGGAGAACCCAAAUCCCCCGAAUGGCAACGCGCCUGGCCGCAGCUGGUCAAGGACACUCGACGCAUCAUCGAAGCGGCGGGUGUAGAACUGAGCAGCGAGGAUGACCCAGACAACCCGACAGAGGACAUCGGAAAGCUUGCGAAUAUCGAGAACGGAAUCUGCUUGAAUGGAGUCGAGUCUGAUGGGCAUGAGAUGGCGUAUAUGCUGGCUCCCAACCAAUUUGGGCUGUCGUCCGACGGGUUCUGGGACGAGGAUUGGAAUGAAGAGGCGCGGCCGUUGUAUACCAAGCUUUGGCCGGAUGAUGCAGUGACCUGUCCAUGGGGGGAUGAAGAGGAGCCAGAAUGA